UCCUGCCUUGUGCUUUUCCUGCUCCUGUGGACCUUUGCUGAAGGUGGAAAGCUGUUGGUGAUACCUAUCGAUGGCAGCCACUGGCUCAGCAUGCGGCUGGUUGUGGAGCGGCUCCAACACAGGGGACAUGAGAUCGUGGUGCUUGCACCAGAGAUAAACCUGCGGAUAGGUUUGUCGGGGCAUUAUACCAUGAAAACAUACUCUGUGUCUUACACCAAGGAGUAUGUGGAGGCAGAGUUUAAAAAGCUGGGCCAUAGGAGUUUCACACCUCAAUCCUUCUCAGAAAAAUUCUCCAAUUUGGCAAAUAUCUCAUCCAUGUUCUUGGAUUCCUGCAAGCGUCUCCUGUCUAACAGAGAGCUCAUCAAAUCCCUUGGAGAAAGCAAAUUUGAUGCUGUCUUUAUGGAUCCUUUUUUUCCCUGUGGACAAAUAGUAGCUGAACAUCUUGCCCUCCCUUCUGUGUACCUCGUGCGGGGACUGCCAUGCAGCCUAGACUUCCACGCUACCCUCUGCCCGUAUCCUCCUUCCUACAUUCCGAGGUUCUUCACUCGCUACACGGACUGCAUGGGGUUCCUCCAGCGUGUGGGCAACCUCCUUGCUAGCCUGAGCAGUUCCCUGCCUUGCAGCUUCCUUUAUUCACCAUACAACAGUGUGAUCAAAGAAUUCCUCCGACGAGAGGCAACAGUGCUUGAGCUCUUAAGCCACGCGUCUAUUUGGCUCAUGAAAUAUGACUUUGUGUUUGAGUACCCCAGACCCUUAAUGCCUAACAUGAUCUUGAUCGGAGGCAUAAGCUGCACUCAGGAAAAAGCCUUAUCCCAGGAAUUUGAAGCUAUUGUGAAUGCCUCUGGAGAACAUGGCAUUGUUGUCUUCUCCCUGGGCUCCAUGGUCUCCGAGAUUCCUAUAAAGAGAGCCAAAGAAAUUGCAGAUGCCUUGGGAACAGUCCCUCAAACGGUUUUGUGGCGAUACACAGGAGAGGUGCCCCCCAACCUGCCCAAGAAUGUAAAGCUCGUCAAAUGGCUGCCCCAGAACGAUCUUCUAGCUCACCCUAAGACUCGUGCCUUUAUUACCCACGGAGGCUCCCAUGGCAUUUACGAGGGCAUAUGCAAUGCAGUGCCAAUGGUGCUAAUGCCUUUAUUUGGAGACCAGAUGGACAACGCCAAGCGAAUAGAGUCACGGGGAGCAGGACUGACAUUGAACAUACUUGAAAUGACUACAAAGGACAUAUCCACUGCCCUGCAAGCAGUUAUCAAUGACAAAAAGUACAAAGAGAACAUCCAGCAUCUCUCAGACCUUCACCUCGACAGGCCCAUCCACCCCAUGGACCUGGCUGUGCACUGGGUAGAGUUUGUAAUGAGACACAAAGGAGCCCCACACCUCCGACCUGCUGCUCAUGACCUGAACUGGAUCCAGUACCACUCCCUGGAUGUCAUCGCCUUCCUCCUCGUCGUGGUCCUCCUCUCCCUCUUCAUUUCUCUGAAGUGCUGCCAGUUCUGCUGCCGCAGGUGCUGCUGUAAGAAGGGAAGAACAAGAAAGCCAACCAAAUCCAAGUCCCACUAGCAGGUGAAACCAAUGGUAGGAGAUAAGGCUCUGCUCCAAACCAGAUGAUCAGAGAGCAUCCCAAAUUUCACU